AUGGCUUCACAAGAGGAAAAACAAGCUCAGCCCUUUGCAGACAUCUUCGAUGAAGAUGAAGCUGAAAAAUCCUUUCUGUUGUCCAAGCCCACUUGCAUAAUUAUCCUUGGAAAGCCAGGUUCUGGAAAGAGAACAUUAGCUAGAAAACUAGCACAAACAUGGAAAUGCAUUUUCGUAGAAGCUUUGGAAGUAAUUCAGAUGAAUAUUCAUGAAGAAACAGAAUAUGGGCUUAAGUGUCAAGAAUUGCUUUUUAAAGGUCAAAGUAUUUCUGAAGAACUGGUUACAGAAAUGAUUCUGAAAAAGAUUGAGUCACCGGAAGUUGCUCAUUUUGGUUAUGUUCUCAGUGGAUUUCCUUCUCUCUCAGAGGAAUACAUGACUGUUUCACAGCAAAUAGAGAAAAUAAAGAAUCUAAAAUUAAAACCAGAUUUCCUGAUUAACAUUAAGUGUUCAGAUUAUGACUUAUGCCAAAGAAUAUCAGGACAAAGGCAACACCCUGAUUCAGGGCAGGUAUAUCAGAGGAACCAGUGGGAUCCUAAUGUUAUUGAAAAGCAAAAGAAAGAGAAAGAUCAGCAUGAAGAAGAGAAUGAAGAAGAUGAUGAAGAGCAGGAAGAAGAAGAGACUGCAGAAGAUCCACUUAUGAUGUCAGAAUUUCUGCAUCAAUUAGUGCAGAGGCCUGAAGAUAUUCUUGAAAAUGCAGAGGAAAGAGUUGGAACAUAUAAGGAUAUAAUGCUUCAUCCUUUAGAAGACUUGAUGGCUGAACAGGAUUGUCAAUAUCUUAUUGAACUGGAUGGAAAUCAGCAACCAGAUGAUCUCUUUGUAUCAGUGGCAGUUCGACUUCAAUCUCUGGGUGUUCGAAAUGGAGCUCCUAUAACCAGACUUGAAAGUCAGCAAGAAGAAAUGCUGGAGGGACUGGAAAAUGAUGAACUUUUCCGGGUUCUGUCAUCUUGCAAACUAAUAGCACACAGAUAUCGAUGGCGUAGAAGCAGGUGGGGACAAGCAUGUCCUGUGGCUCUAAAGGAAGGUGAUAUUGUAAUGGGAAACCCAGACUUGGCUGUCAGUUUUCUAGGUAAAAUGUAUGUACUGUCAUCCCCAGAGGCAUUGAAAACAUUUAUGUUGAAUCCACGGCCUUACCUGUUGCCACCAAUGCCACUUCCUCCUUGUAAAGUACUAGUAUUUGGUCCUUCAUUCUCUGGAAGAACAACUAUUUGUAACCUAAUUGCACACACAUAUAAAGGAAAGGUUCUUGACAUGGCCAAACUCAUUCAACCCCAUAUGGAAGAAUCAAGAAAAGAAACAAUUGAGCAAGUGCAAAGGGAUACAGUAGAAAAAGCUAUAACAGCAGUGAAAAAUAGGUUGGAGUUAGAAAACCAGUCAAGAGAACCAGGAAUGUCAGAGAUAACUGCUGACCACCCAGAAGUUCAAGCGAUGGUAGAAGAAGCCAUAAAAAGUGCAUCAGCCUCCGAAGUUACACUGUCACCUGAAAUAUAUGCUGAAGUAUUGGAGAGAGCUAUUGCAGAGCUUAUGAAGAAGAACAAAGACAGGUUUCCUGGUGCUCCAGAAAAAGGAGGAUGGGUAGUGGAUAACUACCCUCUGUCAGUAGAUCACUGGUCAGCUUUAUCAAAAAAAGGACUUUUACCUGACACGGUUGUCUGUCUGAAGGAUACAGAAAAAGAUGGAGUCUGUAUACUACGCAGAGCAUACUUAGCAAAUAGGGAUGAAAUUAAUUCUAAGAUUUUGAAAAGACUAACAGAUGAAGCAUUACAAAAGAAAGAAGAAGAAGAAGAAAGAAGAGAAAUGCAAGAAAUACUGACAUCAGAGGAAGAUCAAUCUCUAGAGGCUGCUGAGGAGAAAGAAUUUGAGGACAAUGAUGAGCAGCUUCCAUCUGAAACUGAACAAAUGCCCCAGAAACAGUCCAGUGACUCUGCAGGUUAUAAAGAAGAAUCUAAACCUACAGAAAUCGUACUACCUGAGUUUGCAGAGGAUGAUUUUCCAGAUAUACCAGAAAUGGAAAUGAUUAAAAGGAAGAUUGACAUUUUCAUGCAUGACUGGCAAACAGUGGAGUCAGAAAUCAAGCAGUCACCUCUAGUUCAGGUUGUUGUUUUAGAGAUUGCUGAGCAAACUCCAGAAAGUCUGCUUAAUCAGACCGUGUUGGUUAUGGAAAAACCUUUUAAAUAUCAUGGUUGGGAAUUAUCUGCUGAAGACCUAGAUGAGGAAGCAGAAGAUCUGGCUGCUGAAGAGGAAGAUGAAGAAGAAGUUGUUGAAGAAGAGGAAAAUGAAGAUGAAGAAGCUCCUCCUUUACGGGUGUGCUUACUUGGGACUCAUGGAGCAGGCAAAACUACUUGUGCACGAGAGAUAGCAGACAAAUUAGGCAUUUUCCAUAUUCAGUUUGAAGAAUAUCUACAGGAAUUGAUCUUACCCAAAACUAAAGAGAAAGUUGGGCCCAAUUUUGAUGAAGAACCAGAAGAAGAUGACAAUAAAAUGCCAAUUCUAUCACAGGAACUGGACAACUUCUCUCAGACCCUGAAUAAAACUGAGAUUGAAAAAAGAAAACAGGAAGUGGAGUUAACUGAUGAGGAAGCAGCAAUCAAAGCAAAUCUAAUGGAUAAUGAGGUACUGCCUCCAGAAGUCCUUGAUAACAUUGUUCUUGACUGGUGGAGGAAAGAGCCAUUCCGGUCCACAGGAUUUAUACUAGAUGGUUUCCCUCGUACUUUAGAUGAAGCUCAGUAUUUGUCAGAACGAGGACUCUGUCCUGAUGUUGCAGUUUAUAUUCAAGUAGAAGAAAGUGACAUUCUUGACCGUCUUUUUCCUCCACGUCUGAAAAAAUGGAAAGAAAGGCAGUAUAAAAAAAUGGAAAAUAAAAAGAAGCUGAAAGACCUGAAAGCAAAAAUAAGGGAUGAGAGGAUUGCUAGAAGAAGGGAAGAACUUUUAGCAGAACAAAACCAAAAGAAACAGGAGGCUUUAGCAAAUAAGGAGCAUUAUGAAGCCACUGAGGAGGAAGAUGAGAAUGAAAACGAGUAUGUUGAAGCCAGACUUGAGGAAGAGUUUUUAGAAGAAGAAGAAGAAGAAGAGGCUGAAGAAGAACAGGAGACUGAUGCUGUUGACCGCAUACAAAAUGAAAUUGCAGAAAAGUUUGAUUCAGAAAUAGAUGGUUUACAAGGUGUACAGGAAGAACUUGAAAAAUUGUUAAUACCACAAAUUGAGAUCAAUGGAGGACGGAAGCCUCACAUCGUACUCUACCAAAUCUAUACCCAGCUGAAUUCUCUAAUGGAAAAUCGUGGAAGCAUUUUUGAGAAAUGUUACCCAAUAAGUUUGCCACUUGCACAUAAGAUGCUAGUUUUCUCAUAUAAAUUUCCAAGUUCUUUUGGUCAGUGGGAUCCUAUCAAGCUAAGUGAAGGAGAUGUAAUCAAGCCACAACAAAGCCAUGAAAACCCAGUCUUUCCUGUAAUCCAUCGACAAUAUAUUUAUUUCUUUUCAAGUAAAGAAAAUAAAGAAACAUUUAUGAAAAAUCCCAUCAAAUAUAUUCGUCAGCCAAAACCUAAACCAGCUGUGCCAGUUAAGAUUGCAAUUGUGGGACCUCCAAAAUCUGGAAAGACUACAGUUGCCAAGAAAUUUGCAAGCGUAUAUGGGCUACUGCGCCUGAGUAUGGGAGAUGCCAUACGGCUAGUGUUAAACAAUCAGCCAGAGAGUGAGUUGGCACUUCUGUUAAAGUGGCAUCUUCACAAAGGACUGACCGUACCUGAUGAACUGGCCAUCCAGGCUCUAGAUGUGGCUCUGAUGAAUCACGUGUGUAAUACCACCGGAGUUGUAAUUGAUGGAUAUCCUGUAACAAGAAAACAAGUAAUCCUCUUGGAAUCAGCUAAGAUAAUUCCAGUGAAAAUCUUUGAAUUAGAAAUGGAUGCAAAAGAAGUGUUCAGAAGAGCACUGCUGGAUAAGGAAAGCAUGAAUAGGUAG